AUGGCAGCAAGCACAGGAAACAAAAGCACUGAGGUGCAAUUGCCAGAGCCGUUCGCCAGCAUCCCCAGAGAACCGUUUCUGUUCGGCCCAUCUCCGAUCCAGGCGUUGCCUCGGAUAUCCAAAGCCCUAGGAGGAGAGGUGAACGUCUACGCGAAACGUGAGGACUGCAACUCUGGAUUGGCAUUUGGCGGCAAUAAGACCCGCAAGCUUGAAUACUUUGCGCCUGACGCUCUCGCGAAAGGUUGCGACACUCUUGCCAGCAUUGGAGGUGUUCAGUCAAAUCACACUCGCCAAGUCGCGGCUGUGGCUGCAAAACUAGGUCUUAAAGCUCACUUGGUGCAAGAGCACUGGGUGGACUGGAACGAUCCCGUUUAUGACAAAGUCGGCAACAUUCAGCUCUCGCGCUUAAUGGGAGCAAAGCCUCGGCUAGAUCCAUCGACAUUUGGAAUCGAGCACAAGAACUCACUGCAAUCUCUGACGAAAGAAAUCAUCGACAACGGUGGCAAACCAUAUUAUAUUCCCGCAGGUGCCUCUGAUCACCCGUUAGGAGGACUCGGUUUUGCUCGGUGGGCGUUCGAGGUGGAGCAGCAAGAGAAAGAACUCGGUAUCUUCUUCGACACCAUUAUCGUCUGUGCGGUGACCGGUUCGACCAUGGCUGGUAUGGUUGCAGGAUUCAAGCUGGCCCAGCAGAAGAAUGGCUCGAAACCCCGCAAAGUCAUCGGCAUUGACGCCUCAGCAACGGUCCAGAAGACUUUUGACCAAAUUCUCCGAAUUGCCAAAGCGACUGGCGUCAAGAUUGGCCUUGAGGAGGACGAUAUCACUGAAAAGGAUAUCAUUCUUGAUGACAGAUACCAUGCUGGUUGCUAUGGUAUUCCUGACAAGCAGACCAUUGAUGCUAUGAAGUUUGGGGCAUCGACUGAGGCAUUCAUCACCGAUCCGGUCUAUGAGGGAAAGAGCUUGGCUGGUAUGAUGGAUUUGAUCCGGAAGAAAGAGAUUCCUGCCGGUAGCAACGUGUUAUAUGCUCACCUGGGCGGACAACUGGCGCUGAACGCAUAUUCGUCAAUGGAAAUUGAGUAA